AUCAAAAUGUUAGACACAGCCAGCAGCCAGUUCAACUCCUUCAUGUUUUGGAGGCAGCCCAUCCCAUCACUGGACCUGUCAGAGCUGGAAGACAUUGGCAUUUCUAUGCCCAAGUCCAAAGAAUGGAAGUCAGCCAAGAGCUCCCGAAACCCCCUUGGACAGGAGGAAGAAGAGGAUUUGGAUCUGUUGAAGUACAACACCUUCAACUACUGGAAAGAGCCCAUCGCUAGCAUCGAUACCUUGGAUUUCUGCCUGCUGUUAUAAGACACUGCAAUGCAAUUCUCAGUUCCCACCCAAAUCUGUGUUUAAAGCCACUGUGGUUGCACCGAUUCUCUACUUCGAUCUGAUAUUGAUGAGUACAAGAGUCAUAUAUCAUGCCUUUCUUGUUAAACUAUGUCAGUAAACUUGUGAUAACUGGGUUAUUGUUUGAUUAAACUAGUAGGGCAUUACUGAAUAUGAUUGUAUUAGUAUCUUAUUGCCCUAUAUGACUGCUCAGUUGGCCAUGAAAUAAGAUCAGGAUAUCCAGAUGCCAAUCUGCCAAAUUGACUUCAAUGCAAGGGGAUUCAAAACAAAUAAGAAAUCUAAAUCUGUAUAAUAUUAUUGACUGCCAAAUUAUUUGUAAUAUUAAUGCAUACAGUAAUUUAUUAGUUUAAACUGGAGUCUCACUUAAAGGCUUUGUACUGAGCGGAUGUCCUUGUUUAAAUGCACUGUUUUUCCCCCAUAAUGUUUGAUGACAAAUGUCUGUUUCCAAUUAAAGUGAGCUUGCUGCUAAAUGAAUAAAAAUGCAUCUGCA